AUGAAACCGACAUUUUCUAUUUUUCUGCCAUUUUUGGUGUCCGUUAGCGCCUGGCACGGGGGAACAGCUCCGACCGGAAAUCCAAAUAAGACGAAAAAUCCGAACAAGACUCGAGACCCGAACAAAACUAGAGAUCCGAAUAAAACCAAAGCGCCGGACAAAACUAAGGGGCCGUGGACUUGGACGCGACCAAGACCAACAGAGUACACUACUUAUGCUUGGACGACAACUGUUUAUCGCUCAACAACGACGCCAACAACCACAACAAAGAAAACUACAACGACGAAAAGAACAACCACGACGCGAAGGACAACAACAAGAUCGCCACAAGGUCAUCAUAAUGGCCACUGCGAUGAUUUUUCAAAAUUAGAGAAUAAAAAAUGCAAGUCUUUUUGCAAAGCGCUUCAUGAAAAAUGCCACUCAACUUGCGGGCGAAAAAUGACUUGCGAAAACAACUGCGACUAUCGCUUGACACUUUGCGAAAACGAAUGUCCCUGCGAGCACAAUUGUCCAAAGGGCUGUCCUUGUCCAAAUCCGUUGUAUUACAAGUGUGGCCCGAAGAAGCCGGUUUCUUGCGAAGAGAAACAUGCUCAAGAAAUGAAAAAGUGCAAACACGAUUGCUGGGAAGAUGUUGGAACGUGCAUGCUAAAAUGUCCAAAGCACGAUGAAAAAUGCACUGAAAAAUGUUUGAUGCAGGAUCAUUACAACUGCCUCGUUAAAAACUGCCCUUGCGCGCCUCCUGCGACCACUACCACGACGACUACAACUACAAAAACAACGACCAUAACGACCACAGCUACUACAACGACAACUACGACGACAACAACUACAAAACCGCCGCUAAGCUGCGAAGAAAAGCAUUACUACGAAAUCCGCGCUUGCAAAAGAACUUGCUACGAAGAGUUUCUCCAUUGCCUCCAAGUCUGCCACAAUAAAGGAAAUGGCGAGGAGCAAUGUCGAGAUAAAUGUGCCUAUGCGGAUUUUCCCUUUUGUCUCCAUCUUUGCCCAUGUGCUGAUUUCGACGCUACAACUACCACAACUACGACAACGACGACUACCACCACAACGACUACCACAACUACAACGACGACCACCACGACGACAACUACGACAACGACUACGACAACGACUACUACUACGACAACUACUACGACGACCACAACGACCACAACUACUACAACUACAACAACGACGACAACUCCCUAUGUUCUCCGCGAUGACGUCAUGAUCAACCAUGUCAAUGACUAUCUUCUCAGGACCGAGUUGAAAAUUUAUCUCAUAAGCUCAAAAGAAGGAUUAUCAAAAUCGUUGAAAAAAGAAGGUUGUUUCAUGACUCGUGAAAAAGCUCCAACGGUUUUGAAAAAACCUCCAAAUCCGAAUACGACAACGCUUUUCGUCGGCUGCAAAGAAGAAGGGGAUGAAAAGUACAGAGCAGGAGUGGUUGGUCCGAUCAAUGUCUUGUUCAAUCAGACUGUUUUCAGUAGAAAAACUAAGCUUGACCACGAGUGCUUGAAAGAGUGCGAAAAGGAGCCUGACAUUGUUGAGUGUAAAGAAACUUUGUGCCCUCCUCGAUGUGAGCAAGAAUGCAACAGAGACGAAGCAACGAUUAAACAGUGGGAAAAAAUGGAAUCGCUUCCGAAGUACAAGACUUGCCAGCAGCAGUGCGAGUCUAGCUGCAGACGUUUCUGCGCCAACGCGUGCAAACCUUACUGCAAAGUCACCGAACAAGCUCUGCCAGUAGAAGGAAGCAGCUACUUCUGGUACUACUCUAAGAGCUCAAGCGAGCCGAUGGGCUUCACUCAGUACUCGAACAUUUAUCUCUACGACGGGGACAUUUUUGACUGCCACAACAAAAACAAGAAAGCAAAUACUUGCGGCCCAAGCGAGCUGCAAAAUCAUAGAGUUUCGUUUUUUACUGAUCACAAGGACUUCAGUCUUUUCCGCUGCGGCCGAUUCACGCGAUUCAACACAGAAAACUUCGAAGACCGCUUUGUUCUGGAUAUCUGGUUUUCUACUGACUUUUACGGAAUAAAUUAA